UGUUGGCUCGAUGAUGUCGCGAUAACUCCCUGGUCUGGAUGUCUGGAUGUCUGACUGCAGAGAUGUAGAACAAUAAUCAUCACAACAUCACAGCCAGACGAGGAUUAAACAACCUCAUCGUGGGAAUCAUUUAAGCUGAGUGUCGUGCACUGUAGUGCGCAUGCGUUGGAGGGUGUGAUGAAGGUAAAGGUGAUCUCCAUCCUGGAGGACAACUACAUGUACCUGGUGAUAGAGGAGCAGAGCAAACAGGCCAUAGCUGUGGACCCUGCUGUACCACAUCGGCUGCUAGAAAUCGUGCAGAGAGAGGGCUUGUCUCUGACGGCUAUCCUCACCACACACCAUCACUGGGACCAUGCUCGGGGGAACGAGGCUCUGCUGAAGGAGGUUCCUGGUCUGAGGGUGUACGGGGGAGAUGAUCGGAUCGGGGGUCUGACGGAUAAAGUCACCGACGCUCAGGAACUCAAGUUUAACUCCAUCAAUGUGAGGUGCCUGUUCACUCCCUGCCAUACCUCUGGUCACAUGUGCUACUUUGUUUGGGAGGAUGAGUGCACUGACGCGCCCGCUGUGUUCACAGGGGAUACGCUGUUUAUCGGCGGAUGCGGGCGGUUUCUUGAGGGUACGGCAGAACAGAUGUACCACAACCUCACCCAGGUGCUGGGCUCGCUACCUCAAGACACGAAGGUCUUCUGUGGACACGAGUACACCAUUAAGAACCUGAAGUUUGCCAUGCUGGUGGAGCCAGAGAAUGAAAAGGUUAAAGAGAUGCUGAGUUGGGCCAGGGCCAGAGAUGAUGAUGACAAACCCACAGUGCCAUCCACCCUGAUGGAGGAGUUUGACUACAACCCUUUUCUUCGCCUCUCGGAGGAAGGAGUUCAAAAGUUCACUGGGAAGACAGACCCCGUAGAGGUGCUGAGGGUGCUACGGAAGGAGAAGGACAAAUUUAAGAAGCCCAAGGAGAGACUUCCUGCCCACGCCAUGUUGGCGUUGGAGUGGGGGCUCCUCCGACCCUGACUUCCACUUUCAGAGAUCUGAAUCAACUGUUGAGGAGGAACAGUUUGAAUGACUGAAUGCAGCAAAACACGACUCCGUAGAGUGUCAUUUGUUGCUUUAACCCUAAAUUUAACCGAUUUAUACUGUUGGGAACCUGGUUGACCCCCGUGUGUGUUUCUUUUAAUAAUUAUGAAACAAUGUCUGCACAAAGAGGCCAGUUUAAAGCUGCUUUCAUUAAACAUUCCUACAAACUAAUUUAAUUUACAGGCUGGUCUCCCCGUCUGUUAUGCACAAACCAACAGGCAACGUCUGCUAAUACCAAUUCACAUUGAAAUUGUUUUCAUUUUUAUGUGUUGUGUAUUUAUUUUUUUAAAUAACUGGUUUUGGGAGAAAAAUGAGCUUAAUUUCUUUAUACUUUAUAUGCACUUUUGCUCUCUUUAUUGAUGUUUAUUUUCAGUCCGGUAACCUUGUGACUGCCAGUUUAUUGUACUUUAUUUUUUACUAGUUUCAGUUUGGACAUACUGUAUAUAUAUACUGUACAGUUGCUCUCUUGCUUACUUUUGCAGUUGGACUCGACACAAUUGAUUUACUGUAAAUUUGUGUAUAAUUUAGACUGCACCUUAUACACAGUAUUUUGGAACAGGAGUCUGAUGUGCUGCACUCAUAAAUUGUACAACAAGUGUAGAAACAAAAAAUGCAGUGUACAUCACUAUGAAUGUAGUAAAUCCCCAGUUAGCGAGAGCUUAUAAUUGUACAUCAGAGUCAAGAUUAUUCAAUAAAACAUAUCAGUCUGAAUCAA